AUGAAGGCGUCUGGCACGCUUCAGGAGUACAAGGUGAUGGGGAGCUGCUUGUCCACCCCGAAGUGCCAUACGCCACCCCUGUACCGAAUGCGCAGCUUUGCGCCCAACCAUGUGGUGGCCAAGUUCCACUUCCGGUACCUCGUGUCGCGCAGCUGAGGAAGAUGAAGAAGUUCGUCCGGGGAGAUAGUGUCCUGCGGGCAGGUGUUUGAGAAGUCCGCGCUUCGUGUGAAGAAUUUUGGCUUCUGGCUGCGCUACGACUCCCGCAGUGGCGCACACAUGUACCGGGAGUACCGGGACCUAACCACCGCACCCAGUGCUACCCGCGACAUGGGUGCCCGGCCCCGUGCCCUUGCGCACUCCAUCCAGAUCAUGAAGGCGGAAGAGAUUGCAGCUGGUAAGUGCCGUCGGCCAGCUGUCAAGCGGUUCCACGACUCCAAGAUCAAGCUCCCGGUGCCCCAGAGGCCCAACACCUUCUUCUAG